AUGAAAGCUGCAGGGACCAGCCACCGCCAGAUUAUAUGUAAACGGUCGCGGUGCAGCCAAGGCGGCAAUGGCGCCCCGGACCGAUGCCAAGUCGGGGACAAAGGCGGGUCCCGGACGGUUGCCGAACCUGAGGAUUGGCGCACUUGCAUCCCGACGUUGCACGGUGUCAGGGCUUCUGCCGUUGCUACAUGCAAAGUUUGCGUGCCGCCCGUGCCUGUACAGUACAAUGCUGUACUGUACGCUGAAAUUGCCGCAAAGACUUUUCCCAUGCGCAGGGCUGUUAGACCCGUCCCCGCGGCACACAGCGUGGCUGAGCACCCAUCCUCAUGA